UGUCACCCCCGGGCCCACAGCACAGCCUAGGGCCAUGCUCCUGUUCUCAGUGUUGCUGCUCCUGUCCCUGGUCACAGAAGCUCAACUCCGUCCGCGGACUCCUCUCCCAGAGGCUGGAGUGGCUCUCCUAGGUGGGGCUAGGGGCGCCCACCACCCUCAGCGCCCUCAUCGCCCCCGCCCAGUCAGUGAAUGUGGCGACAGAUCCAUUUUCGAGGGAAGAACUCGGUAUUCCAGAAUCACAGGGGGGAUGGAGGCGGAGGUGGGUGAGUUUCCGUGGCAGGUGAGUAUUCAGGCCAGAGGUGAACCUUUCUGUGGCGGCUCCAUCCUCAACAAGUGGUGGAUUCUCACUGCGGCUCACUGCUUAUAUUCCGAAGAGCUGUUUCCAGAAGAACUGAAUGUCGUGCUGGGGACCAACGACUUAACUAGCUCAUCCAUGGAAAUAAAGGAGGUCGCCAGCAUCAUUCUUCACAAGGACUUUAAGAGAGCCAACAUGGACAAUGACAUUGCCUUGCUGCUGCUGGCCUCGCCCAUCACACUCGAUGACCUGAAGGUGCCCAUCUGCCUCCCUACGCAGCACGGCCCCGCCACAUGGCGCGAAUGCUGGGUGGCAGGUUGGGGCCAGACCAAUGCUGCUGACAAAAACUCUGUGAAAACGGAUCUGAUGAAAGCGCCGAUGGUCAUCAUGGACUGGGAGGAGUGUUCAAAGGCGUUUCCAAAACUCACCAAAAAUAUGCUGUGUGCCGGAUACAAUAAUGAGAGCUAUGACGCCUGCCAGGGUGACAGCGGGGGACCUCUGGUCUGCACCCCAGAGCCUGGUGAGAAGUGGUACCAGGUGGGUAUCAUCAGCUGGGGAAAGAGCUGUGGAGAGAAGAACACCCCAGGGAUAUACACCUCGUUGGUGAACUACAACCUCUGGAUCGAGAAGGUGACCCAGCUAGAGGGCAGGCCCUUCAGUGCGGAGAAAAUGAGGACCUCUGUCAAACAGAAACCUAUGGGCUCCCGAGUCUCGGGGGUCCCAGAGCCAGGCGGCCUCAGAUCCUGGCUCCUGCUCUGUCCCCUGUCCCAUGUGUUGUUCAGAGCUAUUUUGUACUGAUAAUAAAAUAGAGGCUAUUUUUUUAACC